AUGGUGUGGGGUUUUGUAGAAAGAUGUGAUGUGAUUAUAAAGAUAGUUGGUCGAAUCCUGAAAAAAAGAUUCGUGGUAACCCUAGCCGUUCUCAUCAUCUCCACCCAGGCGUUCCUCUUCCCAGGAGGCGGAGGCGGCGGCGGUGGCUGUGGAGGUGGAUGUGGAGGAGGAUGUGGUGGUGGAGGUGGCGGAGGAUGUCUCCCAACACUCGGAUGCUCUGUUAUCUCAUUCAACGUGCCCACACUUAAACUCCCACCUCCACCACCACCACCAUGUGGAGGUGGAUGCGGAUGUGGAAGAAAGAAGAGAGCUGUCAGCGAGGACUCCAAGUGCACUGAUCCAGAGCUAAGAAAGAUUAUCUUGAAUGGAGUCCGCACUACAACCACUGAGUCCCGAGACAAUAUUGUCGCCAGUCUUAAGGAGAAGUAUGCUGGAGUCAGAUACCUCGUCACCUGCAUCGAAGGAGAGAACGACUUCGCCUCGUCCUCCUCGGAUUACUGUGCCGACGGAAGUCAACAGCAAACGUGCAUUGUCGCAAAAGCCACAGACGAAUAA